AUGAGAGAAGGUGCAGCGGAGACAGAGGAAGAAGAAGAAGAAGCACAGGAGCAAGUGAGUUGGGGGAGAUAUUUGAAGGAGUGGUUUCAUGCCUCCUGCAUUUUCAGAGAGCGCUGGGGCGGGAGCAGUGGUGCAGUUGCUGCAAUGCUGAGACUGUUGGGUGUGAUGUGUGGCAGAGUGUGA